AUGAUCGGUACCUAUUGCGAUAUUCCGAAUAGUUUAUGUGCCAUGAUUGAACCAUGUCAAAAUAAUGGAUCAUGUGUAGAUGAUCAAACUCAAACUCUUGGUUAUUAUUGUCUAUGUUCAUCUGAUUUUAAUGGUACUAAUUGUGAAUUUGAUUAUCGACCCUGUAAACCACUUUCUUGUUUGAAUCAUGGUACUUGUAAUCAAACAUCAAAUUCAACAUUUAAUUGUGCAUGUAAUGAUGGUUGGCAAGGAAAGAACUGUCAAUCAAUGAUAAACUUUUGUGACAAUAUAACAUGUAAAAAUAAUGGUGUUUGUCGACCAUUAUUAUUAAAUUAUACAUGUGAAUGUCUUAUUAAUAAUUAUUAUGGUCGUCAUUGUGAAGGAGUAUCUAUGAAAAUUGUUAUUUAUAGAGUUGUCUCAACAUCAUUUGCUUAUCUUGGAAUUCUUGCUAUAGUAUGUAUUGCUAUGUUUGUCAUUAUAAUGGAUAUAUUGAAAUAUUGUUUUGGUAUUGGUCCAACACGUGAAGAUUUAGAAAGUAUUCGACGAAAAAAAACGAGAGAGAAAACGAAAAUUUCAUGCAAUGCAACAAUUGAUUGA